CUGUCUCUGAAAAUCUCAGCUCACUAAAAAGACUCCACAAGGGAUAGAUCUCUAACCAGAGAACCUUCCUUAGUGGCAGUCAGCCCUUAAAUGAGGUCUAAGAGAGGUGCAGCCAUGCUCCACUCCUUCUGGUCACAUCGCUGAACUGCCUUCACCUGUGCUUCCAGGGUUGACUGGGUCUUUUCCCCAGGUGCUCAAUCAGUGGUUCACGCCAAGAUCAACAGUUCCCAUACAGCAACGUAGGGCUGCUUUGAUCACACCGAGCUUGUAUCAUGCUGGAAUUAUUCAUGGAGUCACAGAACCAUUCCAGGUUGGAAAAGACCUUUGAGACCCACAAUGCCAAGCUCAACCCACCCCCACCAAUGGUCACUGCCCACACCCCCCAGCGCCACAUCCCCAUGGUUCUGGGAUGACAGAAGGGACGGGUGGUAGGAUUCCACCACCUCCAUGGGCACUCUGCGCCAGUCCAACGCCAGUACUUUGGAGACGAAACUUUCUCUAAUAUCCAAUCUGAAAGUUCAGUCAGCGUCUAAGAGUUCUGAAACAAAAAUGCAGCUUUAGACAGGGAGAAAAGGAGCUCGGAUGUGUCAGAAGAGUGGGUGCCAUUGCUUUCUCUCCCCCUGACGCGGAACGAAAAGGGCACGGCAGCCCCACGGCUGUUUCCAGGCUGCCGGAGAUACUGUGGGGAAUACGAAGGCCUCGCUCAGCCCGGGGCCGGCUACGCCUACGGCAAGCGGCUCCCCGACAGGGAAAGCACAAAGAACGCGUGCUGCUCCAACCCGGCGGCAUCGGCGCAGCGAUUCCCGACGACGCCUACCCGCGACUGAAGCCAGAAGCAACCACUCUGCAACUCCUGGGCCGCGGCGGAGGGGUCGGAGGCACCCGAAGGGCUGCGAAGCCCCGCCAUCACCCCGCGCACGGUUGCCGCGGAGACGCCCCGCCCCCGUGACGCGCGCAGUGACGCGCGGUUGGUGGAGGCGGGCGCAGGGGGCGGGGCGGCGCGGCCCGCGGGGCGCCGCAGACAGAGAAGAGCCGCCCGAGCCGCUGCCGCCCCCUGCGCCCAGCAUGGUAAUGGCCGAGCCUCGGCGGCCCCCCCCACUGCUGCCCCGCGGGCCCGGGCCCGUCCGCGUCGGCUUCUACGACAUUGAGGGCACGUUGGGCAAGGGUAACUUCGCCGUGGUCAAGCUGGCGCGGCACCGCAUCACGCGCAGCGAGGUGGCAAUAAAAAUCAUUGACAAAUCUCAGCUGGAUGUUGUGAAUCUCGAAAAGAUCUACCGUGAGGUGCAGAUAAUGAAGAUGUUGGAUCACCCACACAUCAUAAAGCUCUACCAGGUGAUGGAGACCAAAAACAUGCUGUACCUCGUGACAGAAUUUGCCAAAAAUGGAGAAAUUUUUGAUUACCUCGCCAGCCAUGGCCGACUCAGUGAGUCUGAGGCCAGGCGGAAGUUCUGGCAGAUCCUCUCAGCAGUGGAGUAUUGCCACAACCGGAAGGUUGUGCACCGAGACCUGAAGGCUGAAAAUCUUCUGCUUGACAACAACAUGAACAUCAAAAUAGCAGAUUUUGGAUUUGGAAAUUUCUACAAGAGUGGUGAGCCUCUGACGACGUGGUGUGGAAGCCCACCAUAUGCAGCUCCAGAGGUCUUUGAAGGACAGCAAUAUGAAGGACCCCAGCUGGAUAUCUGGAGCAUGGGUGUGGUUCUUUAUGUUUUGGUCUGUGGAGCAUUACCUUUUGAUGGGCCAACGCUCCCCAUACUGAGGCAGCGAGUUCUGGAAGGAAGGUUCAGGAUACCUUACUUUAUGUCAGAAGAUUGUGAGCAUCUGAUUAGAAGAAUGCUGGUCCUAGACCCAUCCAAACGGUUAACGAUUGCUCAGAUUAAGGAACACAAGUGGAUGCUGAUAGAAGUUCCUGCCCAGAGAACUGUUCUUUAUGCCUCAGGACAGGAGAACCAGCCUUCCAUUGGAGAGUAUAACGAACAGGUUCUCCGGCUAAUGCACAGCCUUGGAAUAGACCAACAGAAGACUAUAGAGUCACUGCAGAACAAGAGUUAUAACCACUUUGCUGCUAUCUAUUACUUGUUAGUGGAAAGACUCAAAUCGCAUCGAAGCAGCUUCCCUGUAGAGCAGAGAUUUGAUGCUCGCCAGCGCCGCCCAAGCACCAUUGCUGAGCAGACAGUAGCCAAGGCACAAGCUGUGGUGCCAUCAGUGAACUUGUGCUCAGAAAACACCAGGCUGCUACGGUCCCCAGGACUUCCCUCCACCUCAGGAGCAGAGGUCUUUUCAUUCCCUCCGUCCAACUGCCAAACAGAGACGGCAUUUAUGGAAGAAGAAAGAGUCAACACACCAAAGGUAAAUGGCUGCCUGCUAGAUCCCGUGCCUCCCAUGAUGAUUCGAAAGGGAUGCCAGUCACUGCCAACUAGCAUGAUGGAAACCUCAAUCGACGAAGGAAUAGAGACGGAAGGCGAGGCAGAGGAUGACCCUGCGCAGGCAUUUGCAGCCCUGCAGGCAGCUCGCAGUGGGAAGCGGCGUCACACCCUGGCCGAAGUCACCGACCAACUAGUGGUGGUGCCAGGCACAGGCAAGGUCUACUCUUUGGAUGAGAACUCCUCUCUGGGCAGCAGCAUAGAGUCAGAGUACAACAUGGGGUCAGUGCAGAGGAAUGUGGGCCUGCUGGGCGAUGCCCCUCCGCUGAAGGAUGUGGUGCCGCUGGCAGCACCGUUCCUGGGGCUGCGGCCGACCAACCCCGCCAUGCAGGCUCUUGCAUCCCAGAAGCGUGAGACUCACAACCGCUCCCCUGUCAGCUUCCGGGAGGGGCGCAGAGCGUCGGACACUUCCCUCACACAAGGUAUUGUAGCAUUCAGACAGCACCUCCAGAAUCUGGCACGAACCAAAGGAAUCUUGGAGCUGAACAAAGUCCAGCUACUGUACGAGCAAAUGAGAUCAGAAGAAGAACCCCUUCUGCCAUCAGCUGCCCCCCAGCUUCAGGACCUUGCUACCAGCUCUGCACAGGAAGAAAGACCUCAGCAGCAGGAGGCUGCGGCCACUUUCCCCAGUGGUGCACAUACCCCAGUGUUAUCCCGACGGCAGAGCUUAGAGACACAGUACUUGCAGCACAGGCUCCAGAAACCCACCCUACUAUCAAAAGUUCCAAACACUUGCCAGCUGUUCUGCAAAGAAUUGCCCCGGAGUCUGGAACAGCAGUUACAGGAGCACAGACUGCAUCAGAAGAGACUCUUUCUCCAGAAGCAGUCCCAGCUGCAGGCCUAUUUUAACCAGAUGCAAAUAGCCGAGAGUUCGUACCCAAGGUCAAGUCAAAUGCCACUUUCAUGCCAGGAGGAGCAGCAGCCAUCAGCACAGCAGCAACCAACCCAGUUCAGCCUCCAGCAGACUCUAAGCCCUGUCAUGGAGCCUUCCUCAGAACAAAUACAAUAUGACCUCUUCCUCAGUCACUACCAGAAAGUACAGCUGGAGCCACCACCGCCCUCCCUGCUCACCAGCUCAUCACGAUUGUCAUCACCAAUUCAGGUGCAGCAGCCACCACAAUCCUUACAGUACUCCUAUCAGACUUGUGAAUUGCCUGUUGUCACCUCUUCUGAGCCAGACUACCCUGACCAGUGCCAGUAUUCCAUGGACCCAGCAGAGCAGAGCAGUGUAGCAUUGCCUGACAGCCAGGGCAGCUUGGCAGCCCAGGAGCCACAGUCAAACUACGAUGCACUGACACUCUCAGAGCUGCCUGGACUCUUUGAUUGUGAGAUGAUGGAAACUGUAGAUCCCCAGCACAGCGGCUACGUCCUGGUGAAUUAAUACCAUGGGUGUCUAACAUGAGAGUGGAAGCCAGGGUGGAUGGAGAAGCAUGUAAAUUUUUGGCUUUGUUCCAACCCUAAAGUUUCUGAUCCUUCAGUCAACAAGGGAACUAAAAAUCCACCUGGCCAGAAAAAAGCUGGAGAUGGCUAGAAGCAUGUGGCCACCAGCUUCUCCUUUCAGUGGCUGGGGCUAGACAAACAGUUCAGCUUGGUUGCAUAAAGAACCAGUUGCGUAGAAGGAGAGAAAAAAAAAAAAAAAAAUAUAUAUAUAUAUAUAUAUAAAGGAAGUGGCCCCUUCCAAAAACUUUGAUAGUCUGGCAGUGUCCACCUAGCAUUUGCUAGGAGAAAAGAGAACGAAUGCAUGUUGCAUUCUACUUUUUGGCAAUAAAAGCAAUAGUUUUCACUGAAAUUCAGACUUAAUUUGGGUCUGAGCUGAUAGCAAGUAGCAUACUGAGCUGAAGCAGUAGUGGGGUGGAUCCAAAGGAAAGUUGCACUUCGGCAUCCAGUUUCUGGUUAAGCUACUGAUCUGCGACUGCUCUGUGGUAAGUCUAAGAGAGCACCAGGAACCUCAGGCAGCCUCUGCUUCCUCCUGCUAGCAAAUGAACAGUUAUUUCCCAAGCCUGCCAAGGAAUUCUUAAUUGGUCACUAAGGGAAGCUUCUGGAUAUUUGUUAAGUAAUGUACUGACUUGAUAAAGGACACUUGGAACUGAUCCAGGGCAUCACAGUGUUUUCUAGAGGCUUUGGGUGGAGCUGAGAAUACUGAAAGGUGAAGGAUUAGUAGCAGAGGGACAGGCUAAGAAAGACAGCAAGAGCUACAGCCAGUGGCAUUCAGAGAUCUACCUAGGUGAUGUUGGAAAUCACCCCUUGCUGCAGACAGACUGUUGUGGAGAGUUCUGUCUUGGAGAAGAUCUAUCUGACCUUCUACAGCAUUUUAGAAACAAACAAACUGUGUUUUGAAUUUGCAGUAUGUGUUGCUGGUGGUUUGAGCUUUGUAUAUAUGGACAAUUAUUUACAGUUUUAGAACUUAAUGAGCUUAAAAAAAAAACCCUGUGAAGUGAUAGUGCUGUGCCUUUUUUCAGUUCUUCAUCGGACUAUAUGCUUUUUUUUUUUCUGAAGAAAUAGACAAUACCCCAUCUACAUCCUUGCUACUGCCAAAGUCCCUUCAGAGCACACGUUCCACUAUGUGGAAUGUAACAUUGAACUUUGUUAGCAUUUUGAGUGUCUCAGUAUAUACAAUAUACUGAAAGUAUUACAGCAAUAUUGAGCAUCAAGAACUGUUAUGUACUACUUCAACAAAUACAAAAUUCAACAAGCAGCUGUGUCCCCAGAACUUCCAGUCAGGAGAUAUUAGUUGUAGGAGGAUUGUUUAGGAAUCUGCAGUAAGUUUAGAUCACUAAUUUGGAGCUCAUCUCAGGUCUUCAAAUGUUGUGGGUUAUUGUCUAUCUUUCUCCUGUAGAUGAAGCUUGUAGCCAGACAGUUUCAGCCCUUUUCUGAGCAAACUUUAAGCACAGUUGCAGAUUCAUUAAAGCACAAAUGUUGGAGAAACUGUGCUGAUGGCACAUGUAGAGACCACUGUUUACUGGAAAAUUUCUCUACGAUAUAAGUUUAAAGUUAAAUAAAAGAUUUUGACACUACAACUAAAGAGAGUGGCUUCAGGACAUGUAGUCACUUAAAAUGGAUAGACAAAUGUUUCUAGUGUUUUUACAUACUGUAGCAAAGCACAGGCUUGGAGAGAUAGCAGGAGGAAGAAAAGAAAAGUACUUGUGAUUGGUUGGGUCUUCAGUGUGUGUCAGACCAUAGGUCCUACUGAACUUCAACAAGGAGUUCUCAAAACUACUCUCUUUCACCAGAAAGGUGAAUUAUCAGCCAGCAUUUACAGCAAUAAGACCACGCUUACAUGUGGAAUAGACUUCAGUCACUGCACUGUAGGCUUUGUGAAGGAGGGAAAAGUUUAACAACUGACAGAAAGUACCUUGUUUUCUGUGUAUGACAAUUAGAGAUGUCAUCACUGUUGAUACAGAGCCUGCUCUGAUACAGCCCAAUUCAGUCUUAAGUGCUCACUUCUACCUCUGAUAUCAGAACAAUUCUCAAGGCAAAAGCAAAAGAAAGUUUAAGGAACAGCAGUCACAUCUACACACUACUUACUUUUUUGAUAAAAGAGAGCUGGAAAACUGUUGUUUAGAUAGCUGAGAUAGACACAUUUCUUUUCAAAGGGAAUUCACACAAUUAAAGCUUUUUCUGACAGUGCAAAUAGCUGCAGAACAUAGAAACCUCAGUGCCCCCCUGAAGUGACUGACAAAAGGACAGGAAAGAGAUGAAAACCACUACAGCAUAACACACCAGGCAUAUCAUUAUGGCAGAAGAGAAAAGGAGGCUGUGUAGUCAAUGAAUAUAAAGAUGUUAUAAUUAUGAAAUAAACAAGAGAGUUUGGCAAAGCAGAUUAUAACAAAAACAGAAUAGAUAGAAAGCUUACCCUCAUUCUGGGCUCGCUGCAAAAUUCCAGAGGAGGGAUCUCCAGAAGAGAUCCUCCCCCACUGGUAGCCAGCUCUUAUAUGGGUCUAGGAGGGGUGCAGCCAGGCUCCACCCCUUCCAGCAGCACAGGUGGAUUGCCUUCACCUGUGCUCCAUGGCUGACUCAUGGCUCACCUCAGGUGAUCAAUCAGAGGUUCAGGCCGUGACUCAGCAGUUCCCAUACAGAGGCAAAGAAGUCCUUUCCUUUCAUUCCUUUUCUAUCCUGCAGUUCUAAGAUCAGACAAGUGCUUGAGGAACUAUGCAGCAAAAACCGUCACUGGGACACACUCAGCUGUGGCAACAGGCCCAGUUUUGCAUCAGGAGCUAGCUUACUGCCAAGCCUAUAACCACUUUCCUCCCUGUGCAGCUCCAUUAUACCAUACAUUUUGGAAGUCAGUGAUAACUCAAGAGCAGAAUUAUGUGAUUCAUUUAACAAAAUGUGCCAAUGAGUCUAAGCUCAGCUGAGCUUUGCAGUACCGCUAAGGGGAAAGCUAUGGAGUUUUUGAAUAUAGUUCAGACUGUUACCGUCAAUCACCAUCCUAUUUACUAUUUCAUGCAAUUUCCUUAAGUCAGUUAGAAUAAAAGGCUUCUAAUGCCUUUUAAUACAGCAGAGUAUCCACUGGACACCACUUUGUAGUCAUGCUACUUCAAAGUAGUUCCUUUGUUCAAAUCUGUUACGUCUAACAUUAGACGACAGCAUACACUACUGUUAAGAGUAAUUAUUAGCUUUAUUAUCUUGUAUUACAGGCUCCUUUGAAGAGACUUUGGUGCGAUGUAUAUGGGGUAAAAAUUUCAUAUGGAGAAAAGUGCAAUAUGUGUGUGUGUGGUACGUUCUUUAAUGUAUUUUUUUAAGGAGUUAGAGGGUUUAGUCUCUGCUUUGGGAUAAAUGCACUAGUAUUGUGAGCUCCAGUUUGGUAAGUUCAUCUGUAGUAUUUACAUGCAACUGAUAUGCUGGACUCUGUGAAGCAAUUACAGUGUAUUGAUACAAAAUAAAGAAUACAUACAUUUCA